AUGGCUGCCACUGCCGCCACCGCUGCCGCCACCACCUACAAAAUCCGAGUGGCCACAGGCAAUUAUCUUUGCGGGGGGACCAUGGAUUCCAUCUCCGUCACAUUGGUGGGAUCUCGAGGGGAGAGUCCCAAAUUCCAGCUGGAUAAAUGCGGCAAAGAUUUUUCAGCCGGAGAGGUGGACGAAUUUGUGGUUCAAAGUCCACAAGACUUGGGACCCAUCCUACUGCUCCGAGUGUACAAAGAGCGCUACAGCAUCUUUCCCCAGACCAAAUGGAACUGCAGCUUUGUCGAAGUGGUGACUCCCCAAGGGAAGACCUACCGCUUCCCUUGCUACCAAUGGCUCUUGGGAUACCAGACCCUUGAGCUAAGAGAAGGGGCAGCCAAAACCAUUUGCAUGGACGCUGAUAACCACAUGCUCUUACAACAUCGGAAAAAUGAGCUACAAGCAAAUCAGGACGUUUAUAGAUAUAAAGAAUACCAACCAGGCUGGCCUCAGUGCCUGGACGUUGACACUGCUGACCACUUGCAUCUGAACGAUCGAUAUUCUGCCACCAAAUACAGCGCUUUCCAGGUGCAAAUGGCAGCUGCUGAGGUUGAGUUGAAAAUGAAAGGUCUGCUGGACUGCAAGAAUUCUUGGGGGAAACUGGAAGACAUCCAGAGGGCCUUUUGGUUUUACCGAUCGCCUGUCUCAGAAUACGUCUCCAAGCACUGGGCUGAGGACACUUUCUUUGGCUACCAGUAUCUCAACGGCGUGAACCCCGUUGUCAUCCGGAAGAGCGUGGACAUUCCAACCAAAUUCCCUGUCACACAUGAGAUGGUGGCUGAAUUCUUGGAGAAGGACACAACCCUUGACAAAGAGCUGAAGAAUGGCACCAUCUUCCUUAUAGAUUGCCAGAUUCUGGAAGGCACCCCAGCCACUGAACUCAACGGAUCCCUCCAGCACAUCUCCGCCCCUCUCUGCCUUCUGCACCUUACUCGUCGGGGUGACAUGAUCCCCAUAGCCAUCCAGCUCACUCAGCAACCUGGACCUGGGAGCCCCAUUUUCUUACCCACUGACUCAGAGUGGGACUGGACACUGGCAAAGUUUUGGGUACGGAACAGCACCUUCCACAUCCAUGAGGUCCUCACCCAUCUGCUUUAUACACACUUGGUGGUGGAAGUCUUCAUGUUGGCCACGCUUCGGCAGCUGCCAAUGUGUCACCCUGUGUACAAGCUGUUAAUCCCACACUUCCGAAAUACGCUGCACAUCAACGUCCUCGGCAGGUCAUAUCUCUUCAACCCAGGUGGGCUCAUAGACCAGUCCACGGGCACCGGCUUCCACGGUCUGUCGCACUUGUUGGCCAAGGGCCUUUCCACGCUGACCUAUUCCACGCUCUGCCUCCCCGACGACCUCCGGAACAGAGGGGUUGAAUCGCUGCCAAACUACUAUUACAAGGAGGACGGCAUGAAGCUCUGGGAAGCGAUUGAGAGCUUCGUGUCUGGAAUCCUCGGUCUCUACUACGGGAGCGACCGUUCUGUGAAGGAAGACCCCGAGCUCCAGGCCUGGGUGGCCGAAAUUUUUGACAAAUGCUUCUUUAAGUGCGAAUCAUCUGACUUCCCUGAACAUCUUGAAACAACCGCUGAGCUAACCAAGUACCUAACCAUGGUGAUAUUCACCAGCUCCGUCCGCCAUGCCAGCGUCAACAAUGGGCAGUUUGAUUUUGGGGCGUGGAUGCCCAAUUACCCUUCCUCCAUGCGAAAGCCGCCACCGAAAUCCAAGGGCUCCGUGACUUUCAUGGACAUCCUGGAGACCUUGCCGGAUGUCCGUACCACCUGCAGCACUUUGCUGAUCUUUUGGCUACUGAGCAGGGAACCAGGAGACAGGAGGCCCCUGGGUUGCUACCCUGAUGAACAUUUCACCGAGGAGGGAGCAAAGACGCUCAUCGCAGCUUUCCAGAACCGCCUGGCCCAGAUCUCCAAGGAAAUUGAGGCGCGGAAUCGGCACCUGGUCCUACCGUACAAUUACCUCAACCCCCCUGAAGUAGAGAACAGCACCUCCAUCUGAGGGUGCCGUCUCCCAGCCUGCUCCGG